CAAGUGGUGUUCGUCAGGGCUGUCCACUCUCUCCAUUCUUGUUCAACUUUGUCGUCGACGUACUUUUAGAGAUAACACUCCUCAUCUAAAUUUCCAGGGGUUGAACUUCUACCGGGAGGUUCACUUGUUGACUUAGAAUAUGCAGAUGACAUAGUUUUAUUUGGUGAAGACGCUGACAAAUGCAGUCUUAUGACCACUCUAAGCAACAAUGCAAGCAUGCUUGGGAUGCGAUUCUCCCCCUCAAAAUGCAAAAUGUUGCUUCAGGAUUGGGUUGCAUCGACACCCGAACUAGUGAUAGGGAGUGAAGUAAUUGAGUGUGUCGACAGCUUCAUUUAUCUUGGAAGUCUCAUCAGCCCUUGUGGUCUGGUGUGUGACGAAAUCUCAGCACGGAUACAGAAGGCUCGACUAGUUUUGCCAACUUGUGUCAUUUAUGGUGUAGGCGAGAUAUCCGUCUACCAACCAAAGGACGUGUUUACUGCGCAGCAGUUCGUUCCGUCCUACUUUAUGGCAGUGAAACAUGGCCGGUAAGAGUUUAGGAUAUCCGUAGGCUACUAUUAUUUGAUCAUAGGUGUCUUCGAAACAUUGCUCGUAUAUCAUGGGACCAUCGAGUAAGUAACACAGUUGUUAGGAAACGGGUACUAGGUAAGGAUGGCAAAUCAAUUGAUGAAGUAGUGAAACUUCAUCAGCUGAGAUGGCUGGGACACGUGUUACGUAUGCCCAACAACCGACUGCCUCGACGUGCUAUGUUCAGUGGUAUAGGAGUAGGUUGUAAGAAAGCUAGGCGCGGCCAAACCAAAACAUGGCACAAGUCCAUGAAGUCACUGACAAGUGGACUGAGCCAUGUUGGUAGGUGUCGACUGCCCGGUUGGGGACCGCAAGAUGAUAGCAACCGAUGAAUAGAGACCCUGAAUGACAUGGCUCAAAAUGGUUUGCAAUGGCGCAGGUGCAUCCACUCUCUGUGUUCUCCCAAAUUCUAAUCUUCUGAAUUCUUCAUGUCCCUCUUUUCCUCUUUCCAAAUUUAUUUCACUGGAUUAUACUUUUUAAAUAACAUCUCCAAACCCUAAUCUUCCCGAUUACUGCUUAUACUCUUAUUACCUCUACCACUAUGGGAUUUAAAUCGACAACUGCAUCUCUGUGCUGUGGUGUGGCAACUCGAACUGAUGUACGUACGUACGAAGUUCUACGUUGUUACUGACUGACUGAACCGUGCUGUCUACACUUAUCUGCAUAGCUCAGCCCAAUGGUCAAUGACUCCAUGGACUGGUGCCGUGUCUUAGUUUCACCUCCCACCGGUCUCUCACAUUCUAUUCCUACACCAGACAUCCCUGUUGAAGGAAGCGGUAGUUGGACAUACUCAAUGCGUACCAAUAACCUUAGGUGACCAUUGCGUAGGCUUUUUAUCGGGCUGAGUUUAAGCUGCCUACGCUCCUUAUUGUGUUCAGGCCAAGACGUGAUGAAUUCUCGAGCAUCCAUCAGUUCAGUGGGCGCUGCUGAAAUCCAUUGAUAUCUCUUCACGUUCUGGCCCAAGUUACUGGUAGGUAUCACAGCUGUUUGAGCACCAUGUCCGACUGCCUCGGAAUGAAUAUCACUCAUGAUUGACUAGUUGUUCCUGAAAUAUGUUCAUUAAGUUGAACCUCAGGGGUUUUGUUGUGCCUUUCCUACGUCCAGUAAGAUGCAGCUAAAUACGUGCUCGCACUAGACUGCGACUCCAGUCUAAACAUGCGUCCCAGUACGGUCGACAGCCUACUGUUGAUCCCCUCCAACGACGUCUGAUGGCGAUGUGGUCUAUUUGCGUCCAUCGCUGAUCCGAUUGUGAGGUCGCCGUAUCAGAUGGUGUUUAAAGUUGGCGCUUGUUAUAACCAAGCUGCUAUUUGUGCGUAAUUACUGCAUCCGUUUGUCGUUAUCUGUUCUGCGAGCCGCAAUACCGUAAGACCCACCUAACUGACUUUCAGUUUGAUUUAAACUAUCUACCUAAAAAUAACAAUUACCUCCCACCAGGACUAUAUCUGAGCGUUUGGCUUUUUGGAGGUCGGAAGGCUUUCCAUGAAACUCACCUUCUCCUUGAUCCAAAGCGUAGGCAGAGGCAACGGUAUGCCCUCAUAUUAUCGAGGUUUUGUCCCGUUUAGUCGGACAGCACAAAAGCGACUGUCUGUCAGAGUCCAGUUCAAGAAAACUUGUUCUGAUUGUGAACUUAGUGCUAUAGCCUGAUAUACGAGACCGCUGCAUUGGAGAUCUGCAGACGGUGUUCUGGAGUCCUAUCUUUGUUAUCCUGCUGUGAUAUUCGGCACGUUUUAUUAUUGUGAUCUCCAUUAUUUGCAGUUUAUUACACGGUUCUAGCGGACCAGAGAUAACAUUUCUUUUAAAGGUCUUACAAUCAGAGACGAAAGUCUUUAGGUUUAGUUGUGACAUUUUUAGACAUCGACAUUUCUUACCCCUCUCCGUUGUUUGGAGUCACCAUCGUUUCAUAUAUUGGUUAUAUGAGCCAUGCAUUUGUGCGGUCAGUGGUAUUACUUCUUUCUCGAACAUUAAGUUGCUGCUCUUAAUGGUACUGUUGUUUUCAAAUCAUUUGACUCGCAUGGUAGGACCUGCAGGAACAAAAGUCUGAUCUAGUGCAUCUCGAUUGAGUCAUUAUGAUAGGUAGCCUAAACCAACACGUUAGUGUAAUUGCUACAUUUGGACAAUAGAUAAUAAGGCCAAACUUAUUACCGUUGUAGAUCCACUAAUGUACAUUUGGAAUUCAUAUUUUUGUCAAUGUUUUUUAAUGUAUUGUGACUUUUAAUCAGAUGAUAGCUAAAAUGAACUAUUAAUCCGGUUAUUAACUAAUGUCUAUUGUUUUUCCAGCUAUGUGGCCUCAUUUCUCCGCUGCCGCCUGGACAAAAUCCCUCAUUCAUGGCCCUCCACCAUCCGUUGAGGAAAAAGUGGAUAAUUCUGAUGGCUGGGGAGCCCUAGCUCGACAGUGGGCUCAUCAGCGUAGUAGCCAAUUGCAGCCUCAUUACACUAACAACGUAGCUCUACCUCCUCCUCCUCCUCCACCUCCACCUCCACCCCCACCACCCCCUCCUUCUCCGCCUCCGCCACCAAUCGCUUUUAUACCAGCAACUCAAAUCCAGUCAAAUACAAGCAACUUAGUUUCCAAUGCAUCCAGAGUUGACUCCAGCCACCUAUUAAUCCAAAACUCCCUAUUAUGUGCACAAGAGAACCCCCUUCCCUCACAAAGUAUGUGCUCAGUACCUGAACAUCAGGGGGCUCCACAGAGUUCUUGGUCUUCAUUCGAAAAUUCCAGGGUCUCGCAAAAUUCGUGGUCUACAAAUAGCGGUCAAGCAUAUUCACAGAAUUUGUGUACGGCACCUGGAUAUCAUGGUCCUCCUCAAAGUGCUUGGCCAUCCUAUAAUAAUCAUGAGCGUUCCCAGAAUGCUUGGCCUUCACAAGCAAGCUUACAAAGCAAAUGGUCGGCACAUGAAAGUCACUCUUAUGGUAACAAAGUUCCACAGGGAUAUAGUAAUACCAUUUCCCUGCCAGGUCCUUCGUCUCAAUAUUAUGAACAUAAUCACCAUCAAAUCAAUUAUCCUUCCAGUGAAAAUUCAAACAAUCCUGGUAUACAUUGUAAGUCUUAUGAGGAACAGUAUUACAGUGUGGGGAGUGGCCAUACGGGUCAAAACACACGCUAUCAAAAGAGAUGGACUCAAAAUGAUCAGGGUGAUUGCGAUUAUGGUUCUCACGCUUCAGAAGUUUAUGAUUAUAACCAUUCUUACUCUCUUGAAAGGUCAUUUAACUCGUCAGCUGUCAGACCGGCUAAUCCUUAUAACCAACCCUAUCCACGUUCUAACCAGAAUAAUCGUAGCAUGUGGCCUAGAAAUCCCGAGUCUUUCCAACCCGUAGAAAGCUUUCCUCCACCUGAGCAAUUCAACGAUAUGCACCUUCACCGUCCGAGUUAUCAAUAUCAAGUGAGAGUUGUGGGUUUGUUUGGGGUUUACUAAUUUAUGGGUUUCAAAGAAUUUCGUUUUUAAGUGUCCUAUGUGCUUAAAUAUUUCUUUGAAUCCAACCAGUAUUAUUUUAAAAAGAUAUCCUUUGUAACAUCGCUUAUCAAUUUGUAACUAAUGUACUGCAGAUAAAUUAUCUUGUGUGGUAAGUUGAGUUUGUUGGUUAAAACUCUUGUCGUUAGUAAUAUUGGAGCUUAUUUUGAGGAUCUUGUUAACUGUAGGUUCAAACCUAGUUGUAGUAUGAGGUUUAAUGAUUUGAUGCUCUUUUUUGUUUAGGGAAAUCACUACUUAAGACACAUGGAUGUUUAGUAUUUUAAUUUUUUAAUGAAUUAAUCAUGUUCAAGUGUAGAUCGUUUAACUGUAGCACGUUGUGAGCAAUGAAACUACAAAAUUUUAAGCAUAUUACAUUAUUCUUAGAAAUUCAUUGCUUGUAAAUAUUGCUUCUUGAAGUAAGUUAUUAAAAAGAGAUAACAUUCCUCUUUACUUUUAUGCAGGAUGAACCUAAAUAUAUUCCUCUCAGUGAAGAUACAUCAGUGAAUGAAGGUAAUCAAUUCCGUGGAUGUCAUGAUCACGACUACCGCAUAACAAUACAGAGUCCUACAGUUCCGUCUGGUAGUAUGGAAGAAAAUUGGAAGGAUGUGGAUACUCGUCCUAUUCUGCCUAGCGACAGUGGUCACACAAGCCCGGCAAUAUUUCCGUCGGCUAUUGCAAAUAAAGCCUUGGCUGAUCCUAGACCGAUUUCGCUUAUCCCAACUCCCAUUAUUGAAUCUUCGUGUAAGCCCAGAGGUCGUAUCACACAUCUGCCCGUUCCGGAACACCUAAUGACAGCUUUCGAGGAAGCUGCUGCAAGCACUGGAGUUUGGCCUCCAAAAAAUUUAGAACCAGAACAAACCGGAGGUGGUAAUACCAAACCUCGUGCUCUCCCCGCAUGGCUUCGUGAUGAAUUAGAGAAAUUGGAAAAGAAAAAAGCUAAAGAACUGGCCGCUGUAUCUGGAGCUACUGUUUUAGGGGCUGCUCCUGAUGCUAAAAGGGAUGAUGAAGGUGAUAUCGUUAUGGAGGAUGAAGCUAAAACUGAUGUCCAAACACUAAAAUCUCUAUUGAACAAUAAUGAGGAAUCAGAUAGUGAUGUCAAAGAACAGGGAAGUCCUUUUGAUGUCUCAAGUAAUCCUGUUGGUGACCUCCAAUCCCCGUUUUCAUCUCGAAGUCAACCUCCUGCGGAAUCAGAGGAAAUCUCAAACCCUGAAACUGCGGUAAAACAACUAACUACAGAUAAUUCUCAAAAUAUUUUACCCAACACUCCUGCAUCAUUAACGGUAAGCUCAUUGAAGCUUGUAAGCAAAUUUCAGUGCUUAAUCGUCAAGCUACUGUAUGGUGAUUUGACUUCUCGUAGCUAUAUUCCACAUUUGAACCAAAAGUCCCAGAUAUCCCAUUAAUGCAUUCGUUUGACACUUUCAUCAAAUCGCUUCAUUGUAUUGAGAAGAGUAGGAUUUGAAGCAAUUUAAUGAUUUUUAGUUUAUGAGAUUUUAAAAGGGAAGUUUUUGGAAAGUAUCAGGUAAAGCUAGCUGAACUUUCCAAAAACUAACUAUUGUAUUGUCUAGCGCUUUGAACAAUUGACGCAUAUUGUCAUUAAAUAUGACUUUAUUGAAUUCGAUGCUACCUCACACUCAUUCUCUGCCACAUGUUUGAUAUGUAUUUGGUUUUGCGAAUGUUGGAACUGCCGUAUUCGGACUGGUGCACAACAGCCUACACAUCUGCUAUCCCUUCAAGAAUUUCAUGAGUUGUUCGCAUCACUAUCGGACGAAGAACAAAGGACUGAAACGGUAAGAAAAUAUUGUAUCCAAUAUAUUUUCCCAAACGCAAAUAAAUAUUUUUUUGAUUUUCUAGAUAUUUCUUACUUAAAUUAUGGAAGGUUGACAUUAACGUAUCAAUUACCAAGCUUAUGACUUUCAUAACAAACUUAUAAAGAUGUAUUUUUUCUAACCUAGUAGUAAUUGUUUGUGCUGAUCGGAAUUUUUUCCAACCUAAAAAAGUAUUUAGAAACACGAUGUUGGUGAACUUGUACACAGAUCGGUUGCUUCACUUUAAACAACUGUGGUCUCACAUGAUAGGUGUAGCUCAUAUCCUAGUACAUAAGUUAAUAUUUAUAUUUACUUUGAUUUUAUUCAGCUUAAUCUUUAGUAUUUUAUUCAAUUAUGUUCUGUGAGCAAGCUUUUUUCUUUGAAUUGUUUGGAAUGGUUCAUUUGGUCAUUGUGAUUUCACUAAAUGUGAUCACCAUGAAGCCUUAGACCUAGUUACUUGUCAGGAAUACACAUUCGCUGAUAUUCAUCUGGAGAAUCAAACCUCCAUCGCUGUUUCAUAAUCAAAGACGUUUCUUCUGAAAUAUUCAAAGUGCGACCGAUAUAUUGGACGAAAAAGUCGACACUAAUCGAUCAUUACUUAGGACCAGGUAGACAUGGAAUUGAUAAUUUGUCAGUGAUCUGUGAAUCGCUGUCAAACACUGCGACGUUAGAAGCAAGUUGUUUUUUUUGUGCUAGUAAUGUCGUUUGUGUGAUAGUGGUGGGGUUUUCAUUCGAAACUUUCAACUGUCAAUCAACACAAUCCAGCUACUCUUCUGGAUCUCUGAAAGUUUGAGCAGCCAAAUAAAUACCAUUAUUUCUCAGACAAUAUACCUGUUCUAGGCUAGUGAUUAAGUAUGCUUAGAUUUUCAAGAUGGUGUUAUAGUUGUUCUUCACAUAACUAGGUUUAUAAGUAAAGAAUAUUAGCCGUGAAUAAUAUCUGUUUACGAUCUAAUGUUCUUUCCAAAACAAGACUUAAUAAAUUUGAAUAAUCAGUAGAUUUCAUCCGGUUUUACAGGCUCGUUUUAUUACCCGGACGCUGACGGAGGCUCUACUGGCUGUUACAACUGAACUCAUUGACGCCAUAGUAGAAGAAGUAAUGACAGAAGCGGUUUCAGGAAAAUCGCAUGUUCUACCAUUAGAAGACUCUCCAUAUGUUGAGAUAAAAUCCCCAAUUCUAGGGUUAGUCUCUUAUAAUAGUGAAAGUGAGUCAGAAUCUGAGCAAAACGUGCUGGAAAGUAAACUACCCACAAGUAAUAUAUCAGGUAUACUACCAGGUGAUGUUCCUGAUGAUAUAAAGCAUGAUUAUACAUCACAGAAUAGUCCUAGUAACGAAAAUAAUAAAAUUGUCACUGAAAGUGGGAAAUUUCAAACUGUACAAGAAAAGUAUUAUGAAAAGCAAUCUUAUUCUUCCAGCAUUCAUCAGAAAUCUUCUAAACGCCAUAAAAAUGAGAAAGAAACGGAUACGGCCGUCACAAUUUCACAUUCGCAUUCCAAACAUUCACAUAGAAGGAAAACAAAUUCACGGCAUUCCCAUCGUAGUCGUAAGAGGGAUUUUCGUGAUUGGUCAACAGCUUCUUCAGAAUCUUCAAGUUCGAAUCAUGGGAACCAAAAAGUAGGACUCUCUCGAUUCAGUCGAUCCUCAGAAGAUCACAGUGAUAAUGUUCGGUCACCAAAACCUUAUUUUACGAAGUCCAGUCAUUCGAAACAUUCUCAUCAUAAAAGUCAUCAUUAGAUUUGUACACUUUCCUGUACUAAGUGUUAACCUGUCUUUGGUUUGCACUUAUAAUCUUUAGUUCACAAGUGAGAUUUCAGACAGGUAAUUUAAUCAUUUGGUAUGGAAAUAUUCGGUUUCCCAACAAUACAACUGUUAAUAUGAUCUUAAUUUCUUUUUCAUAUAAAUAUGUGUACAAAGUACGAAUCAUUUGUCUACUUAAAAAUAAUCUACUGCCAGUCUCCAUCUUAUUCUUUGUCUUACUGAUUGUGCUAGCUUUAGUCGUAACGUGAACAAUAUCGAUUUUCGAAUUAUUUUU